CAUGGGAAAGCUCAUCAAGAACCACUUGGCCCGUCUCAUCGUCAUGACAGCAGCAACAUGUAAGCUUUCAUUCCUCUUUCUGGCCCUGACGACUUUGUCAGCGAACAGCCAGUCUGACUUUGAUUCCAUAGAUCACAUCGCCGCCAGCCUCCACGGCUUCUUCUGGCCCAAAUUCUUCUUUGACUUCUUGACAAAGAACUUUGACCCCGCCGUCAAACCUGUACCGAUACUACAAACCAUAAACCUCAUAUUCGGCUUCAUAAACCUGGCCUGGGAAUGGCCGCUCGAGUUCAUCGCCGGAACUGCAAUACAUCGCUCAUUAAGGCUACGGAUAUUGCUACUACCACUGUCAAGCUUGGCGGCUGUUUUAUUAUACCAAGGGACCAAUCCCGCGUUGUAUUAUAUCAUCGGCUGCGGAGUCUACUUCUGGGCCUAUACGGAAGGUGAGUUUGUGCGAAGCCUUGGACGUUACCCCGACGGCCAAGCCAUCCGAAACAAU